AUGGGGUCACACGUCGUAGUCUUCGGCGAGGUGGGAGGCCUGGUCAGCUUCUCGAAGCUGCUGAGGGAUGCUCAGCCGCUCGAAUGCCGUGAGCCGCGUGGCGCGGCCACCGACGCCAUGAUGGGCGCCUUCUACUCGAGCGGCACUACGGGCGUCGCCAAGCGGGUAGCCAUCUCACACCGUCAGUGGAUCGUCCAGAUGCUGGCCACUAGGGAGCUGGCCGCUGGCCAGGUGAGACCAGAGGACCUGGUGUUGUGUGCGGCCUCGCUGACGCACAUCGGCGGUCUCUGGCUGUGCUGCGGUUGCCUGACGCUGGGCGUCCCGCUGCUGCUGCUGCCGUCGUUCAACCCCGCCUUGCUCGUGCCGGCAGUGCGCAAACAUAGGGUUUCUACCAUCAUGAUAUAUCCAUCUUACCUGAGAAGUCUCAUCGACAGUGCGCCAUCAGACGCUUUCGAAAGCGUCGACAAGGUGUUCAUCGGCGGAAGCACCGCUCCUGUCUCGCUGUUACUUGAGGCGCAAGACAAGUUCGGCUUCAAGUUUAUAUCACAAGGUUAUGGACUCACCGAAGCUUGUGGCAGCGUGACAUCUACUGGACUGAAGAGUCACGGAUUCGGCAGCGUGGGGAAGCCAGUUCCAAUGGUACAGCUGAAAGUGAUCGACUCGAAGACCGGAACGAAGCUCGGCGCUGGAGAAAAGGGCGAAAUAUGCGUCAAAGCGCCGUUCACUUUCAUGGGCUACGUGAACAACCCACAGGAGACGGCCGCUACGUACGACGACGAGGGCUUCGUUCGAACAGGAGACGUGGGCUUCUACGACGGCGAGGGCAACGUGUACGUGACGGGCCGGCUGAAAGAGCUCAUCAAGUGCAUGGAGCUGCAGAUUGAGCCAGCCGAGAUCGAGCGGCUGCUGCUGCGCGACCCCGCCGUGCGGGAGGCGCUCGUGGUCGGCGUGCCGCACGAACGGUUCGGCGAAGCAGCGCGCGCCUUCGUCGUUCUGCGCAACGGUGGUGCGCCCGCCGGGGACAUCGAGGGCAGACUGCGACGAGUGGUGGCUGAGGCGUUACCGAGCCACGAGCACUUGCACGGAGGAAUCGAGUUUGUGGACCACAUACCGAAGUCCGAGACGGGCAAGAGCAUCCGUGUAGCUCUCAGGGACGCGCACAUCCGAAGACAGGUUUCUAUGAGGCAGUGAAACACACAGGCUGGCCUCUAUUCACCACAUAUAUUCAUCUGAAAUACAGAUGCAUGGAAUGCCUCAAGAUAAAAGCGUUGUUUACAUGUUAACCACAGCUUCUGACUGUAUAGCGAACGAACUGAAUUCACAGUGUUGUACGUGCGGUCCUGUACUUCAAUCAAUCGGUCAGCAUUUUACCGCAUAAUUGUGCCCUAACUGCUGUGACUUUUGUUUGACGCUGUGCACUGCUUCGGAGCUGGCCGAACUCCGAAUUGAUAUGCAGCGUAUACGCUCCGACGUAACAGUUAUUUGGGCAACCUCGCCCAGCUUUCGAUACACAAGCUUGUGACCAUACGCUUAUUCGCAAAGGCGAAAACGCGAUUGGAAACAAUAAAUAACUCAAACCAAAAUGGUAAAAGAUUUCCAAUAAACUUAUAAAAAAAGGACCUUUUUAUGUUUGCACGAGCAAGAUGUAUAUGUAUUGUCGAUUACAUUACAAGC